AUGGCCGAGCGCCGCGUCCCCUUCACCUUCCUGCGCAGCCCCAGCUGGGAUCCCUUCCGCGACUGGUACCAUGGCAGCCGCCUCUUCGACCAGUCCUUCGGCAUGCCCCACAUCCCCGAGGACUGGUACAAGUGGCCGAGCGGCAGCGCCUGGCCAGGCUAUUUCCGCCUGCUGCCCCGCGACAGUGCCCUGAUGCCCAGCCCGGGCUCGCCCUACGGCCCCCUGCUCAGCCGCCAGCUCAGCAGCGGCAUCUCCGAGAUCCGUCAGACCGCCGACAGCUGGAAGGUCACCUUGGAUGUCAACCACUUUGCGCCCGAAGAGCUGGUGGUGAAGACCAAGGAUAACAUUGUGGAGAUCACCGGCAAACACGAGGAGAAGCAGGACGAGCACGGCUUCAUCUCCAGGUGCUUCACCAGGAAGUACACCCUGCCCCCCGGCGUGGAGGCCACGGCCGUGCGGUCGUCGCUGUCCCCCGACGGGAUGCUGACGGUGGAGGCGCCGCUGCCCAAGCCUGCCCUGCAGUCUGCCGAGAUCACCAUCCCGGUCACCGUCGAGAGCCAAGCCAAGGAGCCCGCCAAGAAGUAGACGGUGGUGAGGAGGAGGAGGAGGAGGAGAAGCUUCUGCCCCACCGCAUGAGGGCAUCCUUACCCCCACCCCCCAGCUCACAGCCCCCUUUUUAUCGCCUGUUUUGUACCGGCCCUGUCCCCAAAUGCCUCCAGGAGAUGUGGAGGAGCCCAGAGCUGGCAGGAAUAAAAGAGCUGAA